AUGGAUUUCACGCUUCGCUGCAACUCUCUCAAAUGCCGCACGCUGCUCAGUGAUAGAGCAGUCGUCACUACAUGCAGCCACAUCUUCUGCAUCACCUGUUCCAACAACCUCGGUCUUUCGAAAGUGGACAGCACUGUACGCGUAUGCCCUGCCUGCGAUACUCCCUUGAGGAACCCAGAUGACGCUGUCGAGACCUGCCUGGACCCUACAGAGGACUACAAGACUAGCGUUCUCAGCGGCUUGAGUCCGACGAUUGUUAUGGAGUGCGCUGGAAGGGCCUUGGCAUUCUACAGCUACCAGACCACUCAAGAGGUCAUGUAUCAGGAAUACCUCGCAAAGAGCUUAACCGAGAAGUACACUAUGCUCAACUCGCAAAUGGAUAAAGUUGUUCACGACGCCAACGCCGAGAUCGCCAGCCUACGAGAUAAGCUCCAAGCUGCCCAGCAAGAGCAACGACGUCUCGAUGAUGAAAUGCACAAGAUGGCAGACGCAUACCGGGAAAAGGCCAAGACCCAAGCGCACCUCCACAAGGUCUACACGCAACUCAAGGCGCAGGUUCUCGCAGGUCAGGUUGCUUCUGCAGCAUCCGAUGAUGCCGAGGCAACCUUGGAGUCAGCCACCGGAGACCGGUUCAUCGACAGGAUGGCCGGCACAGCUGGAGGACAUUCCAGGAUACCUCACAAUGCCAAUGCUAUGCAGCUUGGUACACGGAACAGGAGUACUGGUUCUAUCGGUAGCGGCGAUGGCUUCCGUGGUGCUCAAGUACUCAAUGGCCGUCUAUUCAGCGCGCAAAAAAUUCCGCUCAGUGGUACACCCCAACACCGCACCCGUCUCGGCGAACCAAGUGGCCAGAUGUACCACCCCGCAGGCCGUGGUGGCGUCCAGGGCACACCUAUGGCUCGACCACCUCUCGGCAAUUUGAACUCGAAUGCAUUCUCUGGAUCUGGUGCGAGUGGGUACGGACUGAGGGCGGGUAUGCGGGCGGGAAAGCAGGCUUACCCUGGAGCUGGGCCUAGCGGAGGAUUCGACGGUCGAUUUCCUGCGCGUGGGGUUCGCUGA